AUGUACGAAUGUGCAACCUGCUCAGAGACCUUCUAUCUCAGUUGGGAUUGCGAUGAGCAUAUGGACGACUACGAUCACUGGGCUGAAUGCGAGACUUGUGAUCGACUCUUUCGAAGCCAGGCCGCUUGUAACCAGCACAUGAAUAUGCUUGGGCAUAUGCGACCGAAGAUUCCGUGCGAGAGUUGCGACCGCGCUUUUCAGACUCAGGCUGCUGCUAAUCAGCACAUGGAUGCCCUGGACCACUGGAAGACAUACUGCAAAGCGUGCGAUCGCCACUUCCAAAAUGAGAAUAACAUGCGCAUGCACCUUCGCUCGAAAAUACACCGGGGAACAGACGUCCCCUGUCCCUUCUGCAAGGCCGGCUUCGUCACUGCAAGCGGAAUGGCCCACCACCUGGAGACCGGUUCUUGCCCCAAGGCUCCCAAGCUGAACCGAGAGACAAUUCUGAAGAUGGCUCGGCACUCUGACCAGCAUGGCCUGAUUACAAACAAGCAGAUUGGAUGGCACGACGAGGGCCGAGUGGAGUACGAGGCCACCAGUGCUGCCUGGAAUGGUCACCACUGGGAGUGCUACCUCUGCCACAAGCAACUCAAGACAGUGACAUCACUCAACCAGCACCUCAACUCACCUGUACACCAGCAGAAGGUGUAUCAUUGCCCAAACCGAAAGAAUUGCGGCAAGGAGUUUGUCUCCUUGGCCGCUUUGUUCAAUCACCUCGAAAGUGAAUCUUGCAAGAUCAUGCGCUUCGAACGAGUCCAGCAAGUGCAGCGGCAACUGACCGAUGCCUUUUUGAACCGCAGGCUCCUGCGUAGUUUCUAA